AUGUCCACUGUUGAUCUUCUGCUACAGGACUUGGGUUACAAUACAUUAUCUACCAUUGGUGAAGGAUCCUACUCAAAGGUGAAAAUGGCGACAUCAAGGAAAUACCAAUGCAAAGUGGCCAUUAAGGUCAUAGACAAAAGAAAGAUCCCAGCUGAAUACACCAUGAAAUUCCUAGCCCGGGAGCUCGACAUUUUGAGGAAGGUUCGACAUCCCAAUGUCAUAACUGCCUUUGAGUUUAUUGAGAUAAGUAACGGACUACAUUUUAUAGUAAUGGAAUUGUGUGUGACAGACCUCCUACAGUUAGUGCAGACUACAGGACUGUUGCCAAGUGAAAAGGCCAGAAGUCUUUUUAAGCAAAUCACCAAGGCCAUCAAGUAUCUGCAUGAGCAUCAUGUGGCACACAGAGAUUUAAAGUGCGAGAACAUACUUAUUACAUCAGAUGACAAGGCCAAAAUCACAGACUUCAGCUUCGGAAUAAUGUUCCCCAAUGGCUCAAAUCUGUCUACCACUUAUUGUGGAUCUGCAGCAUAUGCUUCUCCUGAGGUACUACUGAGUAUUCCCUAUGACCCAAGGAAGUAUGACAUUUGGAGCCUGGGAGUGAUCCUUUACAUAAUGGUGACAGGAAAAAUGCCAUUUGAUGACACUAACUUGAAUGCAUUGCCAAAAAUUCAGCAGGUAGGAGUGAUGUUUCCAGAAGCUAUAGAAGUGGAUGCAAAAUGCAAAAGUCUCAUUAAAGAAAUCCUGCAGUACAACCCUAAUGAUCGACCUGAUAUCUUCACACUAAUAAAGCAAGAAUGGCUACUAGCAGCAUAA